GCGGGCGGCGGCGGCCCGGCCCGGCGCGGCUCGGGCGGCGGCAGUGCGUGGGUGACGCUGGGAGAAAGGAGAGCUGGUUUUCAUUGCCGUGAGGCAGCGGGGCGGAUUUGCGCAGCACGGCGGUUACCGCUCAUCGUUACCGUGACGCGUUUGCAGUCUGUAACCGGGAAAAACCUAUGGCAGAAUCAGCAGCCGGAUAGAAGCUGGUCAAACGUGCCGUCCAGCAGGAGGAACCCUUCCUAGCUGAGAAUUGUUAGCAUCAGAAGUGUUGUCUGAAGUAUGAAAGCACAUAGUAAAAAUUCACAUGGGAAGCACUUUUGGGGCUUAAGCAUUACGUUACUCUGAAGCUGAUACUGGUUCUGUGUGUAAACACUAUUCAGGAUGCAGUGAGUGAAAUAGUAAUCAAAAUGCAUAGUGGAAGUACUUACUAACAAGAGAAAAGCAGGAACCUGGGGCAGAACUACCUUUUAGUGAAAAUCCUGAAAAGUCUCCUAGCACUUUAGUAAUUAAAUUCAAGCCAUGGGGCCAAUGAAAUAUAAAUCAAGUGUAUCCUCAGUGUCAAGUGGCCUGCAGUAUCACCAUUCUCUGAUAAAGCGGAGUCAAAGAAUGAAUUUAUGCAUAAUACGGACUUACUGUUCAUCAGCACCUAAGAGGCCUGAAGCCAAGUCUGCCACAGAAAUGGCCAUGGGUCUUCUUAGUCGACUGACAGAAGCUGGGACCACUAUGGGAAGAAACUCCCUUCAAAAAAUAUCCACAAUGUGCAAGAGUUGGUGGGACAAAUAUGAAGAGUUUGUUGGUCUUAAUGAAGUUCGAGAGGCUCAGGGAAAAGUGACACAGGCUGAAAAUGUCUUUAUGAUAGCUCGAGGGAUAGUACGAGAGGCUCGUGAAAAUGUAGAAGCCCAACAAAUUAAACUGAAGGAAAUUCGGGACCGCUUAGACAGGGUCUCUCGGGAUGACACCCAAUAUUUAGAACUGGCUACUCUGGAACACAGAUUGCUGCAGGAAGAGAAGAGAUACCGAGCUGCCUAUUUAAAUGCAGAAGAAUCUGAGCGAGAAAAAUUUUCUCUCUUCUCUGCAGCCGUAAGGGAAAGUCAUGAGAAAGAGCGAACGAGAGCUGAAAAAACAAAGAACUGGUCCAUUAUUGGUUCUGUACUGGGAGCUAUUAUAGGUGUUCUUGGUUCCACCUAUGUUAAUCGAGUAAGGCUACAGGAAUUAAAAGUGUUGGUGCUUGAAGCACAGAAGGGCCCGAUUAGUCUGCAAGAAGCCAUCAAAGAACAGGCCUCCAGCCAUUACUUACAGCAGAAGGAUCUCAGUGACAUCAUAGCAGACCUGAAAAACAUGCUGCAAACAAGGACAUCACAGGAAAUAAAGGAAGGUGAUUUGUUAGCUAGAGAAGACAGGAAUAACUCAUUUAAAAUAGAUUCUCUUUUAAUUCCUUUAAAAGAACAGCUAAGCUACACUAAACAAGUCAGUUCAUGUCUGGGGAAUUUACAGCAGCAGUUUAGCAGUCUGCAAGAAAGUAUAGCACAAAUGAUUUCUGAAAUGCAGAGUGUUAAACUUGCAGUUCAUUCUAGACCUAUGGAAAGAGUGGUGCCAAGGUCUUCAGGGGAGGGUAAGGGCCAGGUGUCUGCAAUGAAAGACGUGAUUUUAGAAUUGUAUGAUACGGAACGGAGACUGGAAACACAAAUCAAGAGAAAUUCUGUUUACAGCACUGCACUGACAUGCACAAUGUUUGCUUUUACUCUGCCAGUACUUUAUAUUAUAUUUAAAGGAAACUGAUCUAAUUAAUUACUGAACUUACUAGGUUAAUAAAAGUAAACUUGUGCUCUAAGUAGUUAGAGUACGAGUCCAAAUGAAUGUGCAUUAGCAUUUUCUCGUUAUGCUUUCAUCUGUAUAGUUGGAAAACUUGUAAAGACUUUGUCUACUGAUGCAGGCGGUGUGUUAAUCAUCAUCGCUGGGCGGUUUUUAACUCCUCAAGCAAAAGAGAUUCCGCUGUUGCAAGUCUUGUACUUUUUACUAUCUGGUAUUGUGUAUCUUGCAAACCAGUAACUUUCACUGCAGAACUGUAUUCAUGAUUUUCUGUUUAAAUGAUUAUUUUCAUCUGUCA